AUGACAAACUCAGAUCAGUACUAUUCUUUCUGGUCAUUUGGGGUCUUUUUCUUUCUUUCUUUGUGUCCUUCAUUUGGUCUCAACAUAGAUGGAACUCUCUUGUUGUCUUUCAAAUACUCUGUUCUUGAAGACCCUUUAUCAUUUCUUGAUAAUUGGGACUAUAAUGAUGCAACCCCAUGUUUAUGGACUGGUGUAACUUGUGCACCAGACAUGUUUAGAGUCAUUAGUUUAGUACUCCCAAAUUCUAAGCUUAUUGGUUCUAUUCUAGAAGAAUUAGGAUUUAUUCAACAUCUUCAUACUAUUGAUCUUUCAAAUAAUUUCUUGAAUGGAACGCUACCUGUUUCACUUCUCAAUGCUUCUGAACUUCAAGUUCUUUCACUGUCAAACAAUGCUAUUUCUGGUGAGCUUACUGAGUCUAUUGGAGGGUUGAAGAGCUUAAAGGUUCUAAAUCUUUCUGUCAAUGCAUUUGUAGGAAAUCUCCCACAAAAGCUAAGUUUUUUGCAGAAUAUAAAAGUUGUUUCUUUGAGUAAAAACCUAUUUUCUGGUGGAUUUCAGUUUGUUGAGGUGUUGGAUCUUUCUUCUAACUUGUUGAAUGGAGCAUUGCCUGAUAAUUUUGAUGGGGAUAGUUUGAAAUACUUGAACUUUUCUUCAAACAAGUUAUCUGGUUUAGUGUCACCACAAUUUGCAAAGAAAAUACCAGCAAAUGCUGCAAUUGAUCUUUCUUUCAACAGCCUUACAGGUGAAAUCCCAGAGUCAAUAGACUUAUCAAACCAGAAAACAGAGUUUUUUGCAGGAAAUACAGAUCUUUGUGGAAAACCACUCAAGAAACUCUGUACAAUCCCUUCAACGCCUUCAUCUCCACCUAAUAUAACCACUAAUCCUCCAGCAAUUGCAGCCAUUCCAAAGUAA